CGAGGUUUUGACGAAGAAAUUUUUUUUUAUUGUGUUUCAUUCGUUGGACUGAGUGAAAAAAUGAACGUUGGUAAGAAAAAUUUGGCCGUUUUGAGUGGAAAAAUGUACCGUUGUGUAAAAAAUGAAACGUUGAGAUGAAAAAUUAUUACCGUUGAGCUAUGAGCUCCAUUUUCUUACUGUUGAACAGUAAAAAAAACCUCUAUAAAUUCACAAUUCACAAUUCACAAUCCACAAUUCACAAUCCACACAACUCUCUCAUAAAAAAAAUUCUAUAUUUUCCUAUCAAAUUACAAAUCUCAUGGAUCCCUCCCAAAACAACUACUAUUCGCAUCUCCUUACCGGUGAAGGAUCGACCUUAUACUCGCCGUUCUAUACAGAAGUCGUAGAAGAAGGUCAUCCCAUCGAGUUAUCGCAAUCCGCAACACAACAAGUGUCAUCCCAAGAAACACCGACCACAAAGAAGAAGAAGGCUUACACGCGGUCCGAAAAUUGGACUGUCCACGAGGAUAAGCUUCUUGUGUCUGCUUGGCUGAACACGAGCCAAGACUCCAUCCAAGGCACAGGGCAACACAAAGAUAAGUUCUGGCACAGAGCUAACGACUACUUUAUCCAAUACUCCACCGAUCCAACGAGUCGCACACCAAACCAAAUGAUGCACCGUUGGUCAACGAUUCAACUAUCUGUCAACAAGUUCUGCGGGUGCGUUGCUCAGAUUGAAGGAAGACAAAGAUCUGGUACGGGAAUUAUUGACCAGACUGCAGAAGUAAAAGAAUUAUACCAAUCCCUUUAUGGUAAGCCAUUCGUGUUGGACCAUUGCUGGGUUGAGUUGCGUCAUCACCAAAAAUGGAACCAACAAAUGGAAACUUACAAUAAGAUUCGAUCACAGCCGAGAAGAACCACGAACUCUGAUUCCUCACCAAACAAUUCCAUGCCAGCGACCCCCAUCGAGUUGAACAUUGACUCGGAUGAUGUUAUAGCAAGGCCUGAAGGGAGGAAAGCGGCAAAACUCAAGAGGAAACAAAAUGUGGACAAAUCUGAGUCCGCUAAGUCCAUUAUGGGAGAGGCUUUCGCGUGGAUGAAGCAAACCAACAAAGAAAAAAUGGAGCUAAAACAGAAGAAACAAGAUGACGAUAUCAUGAAGAUCGAUCUCUCAACACUCAAUUCAGUUCAACGUCAAUACUUUGAAAUGCGUCAGGCAGAGAUUUUGGAGAGGUGGAUGUCCAAGGGUUCUUCCUAAUUAUCAUAUAUUGUACUCGCAUCGCAUCCUCAUUAGUUCUUCCUAAUUAUCAAAUAUUAUCUUGUAUUAGAUUUAUGAUUGUA